CCACUGUCGCUUUCAUAAGACGUACCGUACAGCAUGUUAAGAUUUUAUAUUAUAACUGAACUUUAAUAAAUUAUAAAAAUGUACCGAUUACUUAAACGUGGUGUCGUAACUGGGAGCAAAUUAAAUGGUUUUAACUCAUCAAAUCUAGGGAGAGGGUGUCGUUGUUUGACUACCCAGGAUGCGAAGGCGGACAUUCUGUUCCCGGAAAGGGUGGAUUUUCCGAGCAGGCACAUUGGACCCAGGGACCAAGAUAUUGUGACCAUGCUGGAUCUUUUGGGAUACAAGAGUUUGGACCAGUUGACAAACGAUGCGGUACCUAAGCAAAUCCAGUUGCAAGGUCUUAUGGACAUCACUGAGCCUAUGAGCGAAUACGAUCUCAUCGAAAGAGUGCGCAAACUGGCUGAAAAUAAUCAAAUAUGGCGUUCAUACAUUGGUAUGGGCUAUCACAACUGUGCUGUGCCCCAUACGAUCAUGAGGAACAUGUUCGAAAAUCCUGGAUGGACGACGCAGUACACUCCUUACCAGCCCGAAGUGGCUCAAGGAAGACUGGAAAGCCUCCUUAACUACCAGACCAUGGUGAGCGAUCUCACUGGCUUAGAUGUUGCCAACGCAUCGCUGCUUGAUGAAGGCACUGCUGCUGCUGAAGCCCUUUCCCUUUGCCAUAGACACAACAAAAGGAACAAGUUCGUAGUAUCAGAGCGCCUUCACCCUCAAACUUUAGCAGUCGUACAAACGCGCUUAGAUGCUCUGGGUUUGGAGGUGAUGGUUGUUCCCGACGUACGACAGGCAGAUUUCGCGCAGAGAGACAUCUCUGCUGUUCUUUUACAAUGCCCUGAUACCAGGGGCUUAGUUUAUGAUUAUUCUGGAUUGGCUGCUGCUGUACAGGAACAUGGAACAUUAGUCGUAGUAGCAACGGAUCUUCUAGCCAUGGCUCUGCUCAGGCCUCCAGCGGAGUGCGGCGCCGCCCUUGCCGUGGGUACUUCUCAACGGUUGGGAGUCCCACUUGGCUAUGGAGGUCCCCAUGCUGGAUUCUUCGCGGCAGAACAUCCGUUGGUACGGCUCAUGCCUGGUCGCAUGGUGGGCGUGACGAGAGACGCUGCUGGACGAGAUGCCUAUAGGUUAGCCCUUCAAACUAGAGAGCAGCAUAUCCGUCGAGAUAAGGCGACAUCCAACAUCUGCACCGCUCAAGCGCUUUUGGCGAACAUGUCUGCGAUGUACGCCGUCUACCACGGCCCUCAGGGGCUCAGGGACAUUGCCAUUCGAGUCCAUAACGCUACUCUAGUACUUGAUCAAGGUAUCAGACAACGUGGUCACAAGCAAUCUAACGAAGUAUACUUCGAUACAUUACACAUCGUACCCCACGCUAACCAUGACGCUAGUGCCAUCAAAGAGAGAGCUCAACAGAAGAAGAUCAAUCUUCGGUACUUCGACGACGGCGCUGUUGGUGUAGCAUUAGAUGAGACCACCACUAUGCAGGAUGUGGAUGAUCUGCUGUGGAUAUUUGAUUGUCAAAAUGUUGAAGAGGUAAAGAAAAAUGAAGAUGCAGUGAAAUCUCGCAGCGUACUCAAGGGUCCGUUCAGAAGGACGUCUCCUUACCUAACGCACCCUGUUUUCAACAUGCACCACUCGGAAACUAAGCUGGUGCGGUACAUGAAGCGACUAGAGAAUAAGGACAUAUCUUUGGUCCACUCUAUGAUUCCUUUGGGCUCCUGUACUAUGAAACUGAACUCCACCACGGAGAUGAUGCCAUGCUCGUUCAAGCACUUCACCGACAUUCAUCCGUUCGCGCCGCUGGAUCAGUGCCAGGGAUACCACACGCUGUUUGAGGAACUGGCCAACGACUUGUGUGCGAUCACCGGAUACGACCGAGUUUCAUUCCAGCCAAACAGCGGCGCCCAAGGUGAAUACGCGGGCCUACGUACCAUAAAGCGCUACCACGAGUUCCGCGGCGACGCGGGCCGGAACAUCUGCCUGAUCCCCGUGAGUGCGCACGGCACGAACCCUGCGUCUGCGCACAUGGCCGGGAUGCUGGUGUGUGCUAUCCGAGUCAAACCCUCCGGAGAUAUUGAUAUGGAGCAUCUCAAAGACAAGGUUGAAGAGCACAGCAAGAAGCUAUCAUGCCUGAUGUUGACGUACCCUAGCACGUUCGGUGUGUUCGAGGAGCAGGCCGCCGACGUAUGCGCUCUGGUGCACAAGCACGGUGGCCAGGUGUACUUGGACGGCGCCAAUAUGAAUGCUCAGGUUGGUCUGUGUCGUCCAGGCGAUUAUGGCAGCGAUGUGUCCCAUCUUAACCUGCACAAGACCUUCUGUAUCCCCCACGGAGGUGGCGGUCCAGGCAUGGGACCUAUUGGAGUGAAAGCUCACCUAGCGCCUUUCCUGCCUUCACAUCCGGUUGUAGACCCUCUGGCGGACUUGGGUGACGCCGCUCACAGUUUUGGUUCGGUGAGCGCAGCGCCUUAUGGUUCUUCAGCCAUCUUGCCAAUUUCCUGGGCAUAUAUUAAGAUGAUGGGCCCUAAAGGCCUAAAGCGAGCGACGCAAGUGGCCAUCCUGAAUGCGAACUACAUGUCUCGGAGGCUCGAGGGCCAUUACAAAACCCUGUAUAAGGGCGAGAGGGGGCUGGUGGCGCACGAGUUCAUCAUCGACGUGAGAGAUCUUAAGAAGACUGCUAACAUCGAGCCUGGUGACAUCGCGAAGAGAUUAAUGGACUAUGGAUUCCACGCCCCUACCAUGUCGUGGCCAGUAGCAGGGACCCUAAUGAUAGAGCCUACGGAAUCCGAGGACCUGCAGGAACUAGAUCGGUUCUGUGACGCGCUCAUCCAAAUUAGGAAAGAAAUCAAAGAUAUUGAGGAUGGAGUCAUGGAUAAACGGCUCAAUCCAUUGAAGAUGGCACCUCAUACGCAAGAAGCUGUGAUAUCAGAAGACUGGAACAGGCCCUACAGCAGAGCACAAGCAGCAUUCCCUGCCCUGUUCGUGAAGGGCGAGACGAAGAUCUGGCCAACAGUUGGUCGCAUCGACGAUAUGUACGGCGACAAGCAUCUCGUCUGCACGUGUCCUCCGGUCCUUGACGACUUCUGAUCACUUAUUUAUUAUUAACAUAGUUUUAAGAUUAAAAUAAAGACAAUCGGUCGCAUAAUAAUAUGUAUAUUUUGUCAAUAUUGCUGUAGAAUAAAUAUUUCCCUCUAACAACAA